GCCAUCUUGUUUAUAUGACUGGAUCUAGCAGUGGGUAAAGACAAAAUUUUGUGACGGCGGCGGUGCCCGCGGGUGGGACCUAUACGUUGGGCUAGCUCAUUGAGUCAAGGAAACUAAAGCAAAACGCAAGAGAAAGUUGAUUGUUGACAGUGUAAAAGAAUUGGACAGCAAAACAAUUCGUGCUCAGCUGAGUGACUACUCUGAUAUUGUUACUACUCUGGACCUUGCACCUCCUACAAAGAAGCUUAUGAUGUGGAAAGAGACUGGUGGAGUGGAAAAACUUUUCUCCUUGCCUGCUCAGCCUUUGUGGAACAUCAGGCUACUCAGGCUUUUCACACGCUGUCUCACACCGCUUGUGCCUGAUGAGAUAAGAAAGAGAAGGAAAGGUGGUGAAGCUGACAAUCUCGAUGAGUUCCUUAAGGAAUUUGAGAACCCAGAAGUCCCAAGAGAAGAACAACAUCAGCGAGAUGUAAUUGAUCAGCCAAUUUUGGAAGAGCCAAGUCGUCUACAGGAAUCAAUUAUGGAGGGAAGUAGAACGCAGCUGGAUGAAUCUGUUAUGCCACCCCCUCCACCUCAGCAAGGAGUUAAACGUGAUUCUCAACAAAUGGAACCAGAGCCAAUUCUGCAGCCAGAACCAGAGCCACAGAUUGAAAUUCCCCCUGUAGAACUUCCUCCAGAAGAGCCUCAGAACCUUAAUGAUCUGAUUCCUGAACUGAACCUUUUACCAGAAAAAGAGAAGGAAAAAGAUGAAGAGGAGGAGGAAGAGGAGGAAGAUGCCACAGGGACUGAUCAAGACCAGGAGGAGAGACGAUGGAAUAAGAGAACUCAGCAGAUGCUGCAUGGUCUUCAGAGAGUCCUUGCUAAAACUGGAGCUGAAUCGAUCAGUUUGCUUGAACUGUGCAGAGACACAAAUCGAAAGCAGGCGGCAGCCAAAUUCUACAGUUUUCUUGUACUUAAAAAGCAACAAGCCAUUGAGCUCACACAGGAGGAGCCUUACAGUGAUAUCAUUGCCACACCAGGACCAAGAUUUCAUAUUGUUUGACUUUAUGGAUUUCAUAAGGCUAAAACAAGCUCCAGCAGAAAUUCCAUGAACCUCUUGUAUGCUGGAGCUGCUUGUGAAGCAUGGCAGAGCAGAGUAGUAGAGCCUUCCCCAAAACCAAACUUGUUCAAACCGUGUCAUGGUGAUCCUGUCCUCUGGCUAAUGAUAUUGGUUAUUUAAUAUAUGUACAAAGUUUGUCUUAUUUUCUUUUAAGUGUAAUGUCUAUUUUUAUGGGAUAUAAAUAUGGAUGAGGUGGUUUGUUUAUGGUUUAAAAAAAACGAUCUUAAUAGGACAAAUCUUUUAACAAACCUUUUAUGCAUUGCAUUAUCUGCAAAGAACUCACUUCUUCCCAGAUAACUUUCUUAUGUGUUUUGCGUUUUUUUAAAUUUAUUUUUCUCUUUCAAAGAUGUGAUUGUCCCAUUUAUUACAAUGCAUAAAAUGUUUUAAUAUGGUUCCUUUAUCCUGGAAGACUAAUGCUAAUAAUUCAUAACCGUUGUGUGCAAUAUUAGUAUAAAAAAAUAAUCUUGUUUUACUAUUUAAAGAAAAAAACACAGAAAAAAAAAUUUGGCCUAAAAAUAUCCAACCUUUAUUCUUUGUUACUAUAGAUUUUAUUGAGCUAAAUUAUUUAUUAUUUUUUUGGAUUUUUUUUUUUUUUUGUAUAUCUUUUAUCCAUUGCAAAAUACAUCUAGGUUGUUUUUAAAUAAUGAUUUAAAUUGUAAUACUUUAGUCGUCACUUUCUCUUAAGCUUUUGUAAACUUACAAUCAGAUUGCAAAUUUGUUUAAUAAGAAAAGAAUAGUAUUUUACUAAAUAACAUUCGUAGCUUCGCUCACAAACUUGCAUUCCAUUUACGAUGACAGCAUAAAUAUUUAAUGACACUGCAGUAAAGUUUUCUAUGCAAACCUUUUCAGUUUUAGAAUUUUUACAUAAAUUCCAAAAUAUCGUAAACUUUUAUACUUGUAAACUUUUAAUUGUAGCAUGACUGCAAUUUUUUGUAUGUCUUGCUUUGUUUAAAGCAGUUUUAAAUGUGUGACAAACGUAAGUGCAAAACUAUUUUUGAUACAAUGGUUCUCCAAUCAAAGAAUGACAUGCCGUAAAAGAAAUAUGCAAAAAAAAAAUUUCCCCUACACUGCUUCAAAUUAAAUUACCUUUGAGUUUUGCUUUGGGCUUUCUCUGUUGCUGUCCUUGCCAUAGUAAUUGCCCCCCCCCCCUAACUUUACAACGUUAAAGGUUCAAAGUGGGGGUCUACUAUGUGCAUGGUAGGUUGUCAAUGCAUGAUUGCUUCCCUUCAAAGGGUACUACAAAAUAAUUGUAUAGCCUAUAUUGUCUGAAUAUUAAGUUCCCACUUACCCCCUUUAUUUCCUAAUACUGCACACACCUGUUUAUGAGUUGUUGUUUUUUUUUAGCAUUGUUUAAUACCUAUAUAGAAGGUGACUUUUUUUCAUUUGGUAUAAUACACUUCAUUUGCUGGUUUAAAAUUGGCACUUUCUUAAUUUUACAUUAUUUUAUUAUCAACCUCUUAAUUCAAGGUUUUCAGUGUUUCACAAACCACCAGAUUUCCCUCUUUUGUAAACUGCAAAAACAGAGUAUGAAUAAACUCAUUUGAGUUAUGUUUGGUAAAAUAACAAUCAUGCUCCCCCCCCCCCCUCCUUCCAAAAUUAUGGUUACUAAUAUAUUUUCUAAUUGUGGAUUCAGAAUGACUUUGUAUGAUCAUGAAAAUGUAAUAAAAAAAAUCCAUUUAUGAAAAUAUGCUUUGCUCUGCAUCUAUUUUCUAAAUAAUGUGCCUGGAAAACCAGUUUCCCUUUGUAUAAAGAGAUUGUAGAUACGUUGGAUGUUUUAAUUAUAGAAAUACUUGUUACACAUUUUUAGUCUUUCAUUGCUUAUCAAGGAUAAUUGUUCAUAAAAAUAGUUGAUGCUGUGUUAUGUAUAACUUUUCUAAUAAAAAUCCUGAUAACCUUUAA